UGCUUUAAUUAAUCUACAAAAAUAAUGAAUAAGUGGCGUUUAGUAGGGACGGCAAUGAAAUCUACGCUACGGAAAGUUUCACCUCCAUCAGGUGAUGCUCUGCAUAGUAGGAGAGUAAAUGUAAAUAAAGUCACCCCAAGUAUGAUAAAAAAUGGAGAUACAUCUGUAAAUAUACCUUUAAUACUACCACUUGCUUGUAACACAGCAGGUCUCCAUACCUCCACCGCAUCACAUGGUGAUUUCCCAAAGAAAUUUUCUGAGGAAGAGUUGAAAUCUCGUCUAACUAAACAACAAUAUUCUGUCACCCAGAAAAGUGGCACUGAGAGGGCAUUUACAGGUGAAUAUUGGGACAAUCAUAAAAAAGGAAUUUACAAGUGUAUUGUGUGUGAUGAAGAUCUGUUUGAUUCUGGUACGAAAUUUGACAGUGGAAGCGGUUGGCCAUCAUUCAACGACGUGCUAACUAAAGGCAAAGUGAAAUUGAUCGAAGAUAAAACUAUGUUUAUGUCUAGAAUAGAAGUUGUUUGUGCCCAGUGUGGUGCCCAUCUUGGUCAUGUUUUUGAUGACGGCCCAGGUCCAACUGGCAAACGAUACUGUAUCAACUCUGCCUCCCUUAAAUUUAAUGAGAAUAAAAAAGAAGACUUGUGAAAAAUCCUAUCACCUUAUCACUCUAUCAUCCUGCGAUUGUGUCAUAAUAAAGGUUGUGUUGGAGACGAAGAUGACAAAGAUAGUCGAUCUGUCUUGCUGUUAAUUAGCACAGGUGACUGCACCAGGAUGGGAGAGUGGAAAGAUUUGAUCUAUAGAUCACUUUUUAAAUUAUUAAAUAUUUUUUUUAUAAAUAGCAACUCUAACAGCGUUUUCGAAAAUUGACCAAUUCAAUUUUUUGUAAAACUUGACAAGCUGAUUAACUUAUCUUGAUAUGCUUGGGAAUGCUCUGGUUAAGCAGAAAGUCUUUUAGAUCUUGAAAACCUUAAAAUAGACGGGUGAUCUUGAGGACUUUAAACAUCAUUUUCUGGAGAGGAACCUUUAAACUAUAAAUAUUUCCAAAACCAUGUAUGUCUUGUUCUGAAACGUGUAAAUUUUUUUUUGUGUGUGUCUAUGUAUUUUUCUUGAAAAAUUAUACCAAAGAACUUUGCAAAACGCCCCAAAAUGGCGAAAAAUCAUGAAAAACACAGGUAAUGAAUGUUAGCGGAGAUUUUGAAAAUGCACAAUUUAGGGAUUUACCUUAUGUUAAAUAAAAUCUAUCAUAGCUUGGAUAGCAUAAAAAUUAAUUUUAUAUAUUGGUAAUAUUUUUUUGCAUAUGUUUAUAACAUUAAACUUAUUUAAUACAUAUACAUGUUAUUCCUA